AUGUCAUCUUUAUCAUUUGCUGGAAUUUGUGCGUUUCUCCGCUCUGGGGAAUACGAUAAGGUACAUAAUGAGCCUACUUUCCAGGCAAUCGAUAAAUUCUUGAAGGACAACGAAGAGAUACUGGUUCAUCUUUCGAGGUUUACCUCAGUUGAAAACACUGAUUCCGUUGGAAAACAGCUGCAAUUGAGGGGUUAUUCAUAUAAUGUGACGGUAGAGGACGAAAAAUUGGCCAAUGAGCUUUCAAUUGCGUUAAAUGUACAUCAAAAAGAGUGUUUGAGAGUUAUUUCGCAGACCAGGACCAGGUUCCCAGAUUGUCCAAUGGAAAAAGAUACCAUCGUUAAACAGAUCUUACAUGAAAGAAACUGUGUCUUGGAUACAACCCUCGUUUUAUUAAAUCAUGAUUCUUUCCCAGUUUUAAAGGGCUCCAUGUUACAACUUGUCUACAAGAAUAGGUCCACAAUGAUAUCAGAAGCAAUUCUUCUGGUCAAGAACUGUGUAGCACUUAUCGGCUCAGCAGAGCAAAAUGAUUCUUAUAAGAGCUCAUUAAUGUCGUAUGAUCUUAUUUAUAUUACAAAUCUAUUGAAUUUGAUCGCAUUCGUAAGCUUGAAUCAACCAGUGGGUCUGGAAAUUAUCACAAAAUGGUACGAGUUGCUCGAAGAAACACAGUAUUUCGCCAUACUCAAGGAUAAUAAAGAUGUCCCAUCAGAGAUCUACAACAUGGCAAAUUCUUUAAUGAUAAUGGAUACUAUUAUAAUGACAGGAUAUAAUACAAGCGAAGACACGAUAGACGUAAAAUCGUCUUUUUUUAAUGACGCUGCGACUUUCAGAAGGCUUCUAGAUCUCAUAAUAAACACAGAUCCGCCAGCAAUUAUUGUAUACUACUGGUCUUUCAUCUUAUAUUCCAAAUCGUAUCUGUUAGAAGAAGAUCCUGAAAAUAAUCUGGAAUUCGUGCAGCAAGUCUUCAACUCACAACCCAUUUCGAAGCUAAUCAAAGAGUUUGCCCUUACUGCAGAGAAUGAAAAUGUUUUCGAAGAGAUUUCUAAGGUUUCACAAAUAUUCAAAGAUCAAGCCUUCUUUGCGGCUAUACUGACUUCCUUCAUCACUUUUUCGUUGUAUUUCGUUCCAAUCAGUAUAAAGACUUCCAAAAUGAUCAAAACUGUCCUCAGUAACGCACCAACUCAUUAUGUGGAAAAGUUCUUGACAAACAAAGAAUUUGAGAAAAAAUUCUUCUUGAUAAAAACAAAGGCUCCGCUGUUGAAAGAGUCACUCAUUCCAAUGAUAAACAUAACCUCAGCGAAUGCUGAAUUUGCAAAUUUUGAGUGGAAGGAACUUCCCACCUAUGUCCAAGAGGUUGUAUUGGGAAGUCUAGAGUACGACUUAGCUGAUGAUGCACACUCAACAGAUUUGAUAUCCAUAAAGAGUGAGACCUUUGCUCGAGUACCGUUGGAACCUAGUGGGAAUGUUCUCUUACCAAUUCCGAAGGACACGAAGGCUAAGAUCUUACCUUCAGUAACUAAUGAUGACGUCGUGAUGUUCUUGUAUAAAUAUAACGGUUGGUCAUUAUUGGGUAGAGUCCUUCAAAAUGCAUGCGAUAGAUAUCUGUCCACUUCAUCUGCUGGUGUUCAAGAUUCUGAUGUUCAGGAAAUGAUAUUAUCAAUGCUGGAUCUAAUUUCUAGUGUUAUAGGAAGUGGUAUCUCGGUGGAGAAAUCGGCCGAUAUUCUACUACAAAUGUCUACCUAUCUUACAGAAGAUUACAUUUUUGAUGUUAUUUUCAAAGUCUUCGAACAAUCUUUGCAUUUAAGAGACUAUGACGUUAUUGAUCAUUGUCUCAACCUACUCAUCAGUUCCAUAGAUGACUUUUCUCAGUUCGUAUGGUCGCAUUUAGCAAGAUCUGAACUCCUUGAUAGGUAUGGCAAAUCCGGAUUGAUUUCUAGUGUCUUGGGCACCAUGGAAUUACCAAAUGGAAACUACUCAAUAACAAUCAAGAUUAUCAAAUUGGCGCAACAAUUAGUUCUAGAAUCUCUAACACUAGAGACAGAAUUCCCAGAAAAUCUGAAAAAGGAAAUUCUUUCGAAAUUCUUUCAGCAUUUCAUACAUGUUUAUGAAAGUUAUCAAUACUGGAACUAUCGUUCCAUAGCUGAGAAAUAUGAGCUAGGAACAAACUUAACCAUCUUGUUUACGACUGUCGUUUACAAUAUUUAUGGUAUCGAUCCAUCUAAUCCGCCAGAAACUAAAAUUACUAAAGUCCUAUCAUCAGCUGCAAACGACAUAACGAAUCGCUUUUUAAGUUCUGACUCACCAGAUGUAAGAACAGUCACUUCCAUACUGCAUGUUCUAUUAUCCAGCAACUCAUUGGAAGCACUCUCUAUCGGAAAUGAAGUCUUUUACAAUAAGUACAACCAAUGUUUGCUGAAGUCUUAUGAAUUAGCAAACCUUUUAAUCUCCGUCCGUGCAAUGUUACAAUUACCUCCCAGCACUCUGGAAUCACAAAUAUAUGGCAACUUGCCGAAGUUAAUUGACAUUUACGCCUUACACAAUGAUUUAAGAAAUCCAAUAAUCAAACUCAUGACGCACCUUGUGAGAGCCCCUUGGGCCGAAAACUUCCCAUCUCUUUUAUCGUAUCUGGGCCAAAAACACUCCAAGAUGAUUUUCAAUUCGAUCUUGUACGACCUCGCAAGUACAAUCGAUGAUUAUCAAUUUCUGAAGAGUUUAUACAGAUUCUUUUCUUCCGUUAUGGAAGGAAAGCAGGAUGGUUUCUCUAUUCUUUUAGUUACUGGCGAAACCAUAUCCGUUGGCUCUUCCCCAAAAAAAUCAGAACCAUCGAAUAGCGCCUCUGAAACAUCAAUUCUUUCUCUCCUUAAGAAAAAUGUCUUGAAGCUAGAUUGCUACCCGGAAUCUGUGGCUUCUCGACUUCUUGAAGCAAUCUCAUAUGCAUUCAACUCUUGGGCUGCUGCAAGGAAUAAUACAGCAGAUAAAGAAUUUAUAGAUUUUCUCGUCAAAAGGCUAGAAAAGUUCGAGGACAAGUUGGCUCCCGAUUCGGUUGAGGCGACGAUUAAAUUAUCCAGUCACUAUCGUCUUCAAGCGAGGAUUGCUGAAAUAUUUGCCCUUCAUCUAUUCACCUCUUCACCUUCAGAUUCCACCAUAACAAACAUGUUAAAUGGACCCCAACUUGUUGAUAUCGUUAAGAGGAUAUUUUCUAUAGACGGAUAUGAUAAAACUCUUCAUUUGACUCUCGCAGAGGAAUUCAAAAAGAUUUGGCCUCAUCUGGAUAUAGAAAAAUUCGCUAUUUCACCACUUUAUAGAAUCGGUAAGGCGUACCAGGCGAACAUAUAUGACAUUGAACUUCUUGAUCAGUUCUUCUGUUGUGAAGAAAAAUGGAGAGGGAACGGGUCCACUCCAGGGUUUAGAGAACAAGUUAUAAAAAGCUCUAUCAACUUACAAUAUGUGUCUUUCCAAAUUUCAGCAGCAAAAUCAUGGGGAGCUCUUUUGACCGCAUUCAUUAAGAAAACUCCAAAGCCUUUACAAGCUUCAUAUGUCGAUAUUGUUACCCAACUACUCGCACUAAAUGUUGAGCAUGGUGUGGAGGCACCUAUCUUCUCUGAAAUAUACCUCCUAAGAAUCGAAUUGGUGUUUUACAUACUGUAUUCAUUCUUACAAACUUCUAUGAAGAUACCUGAGGAUAAGCUUGAAACUCUAUUGUCACAGCUUUUGGCAAUUUUAAAGUCUAAAGAGGUAGAUUACCUCGGAAAUAUCGCACAAUCGAAUAAGAAUAAUCAAUAUAGACCUAUUCUUCGUUCGAUUUUGAUGUUGUUAACUUUGGCAAAACCUUACCCUAUGUUUUCAGAAAGAUAUUCUGAUAGUCUAUUGGAAGUCUUCGAGUUAGCUUUUUCAAAAGGUGUUAAUUUGAUCUUGUCUUCUAUAUUAUUCUCAUUCACAAUAGCCUCCAACAAAGGUAAAAAAGUUAUUGUGCCAAAUCUUGCCGACAAAAUUCAAGAUUUGUUACUAUUACUAUCCCUUUUCACAAAAAUCAAAGAACUGAACCCUUCGACAUCCUUUAACGCUGUAUUGGCAUCCUCGCUAAAUGAAUUUGGAACCUUAAAAUCACUUUUGAAUCUUUACUACAGUUCAUAUCUUUUCAGAUCUCAUGAUGAACCCUUAUUCGCGGAGCUAACCCUGUCAUUCAUUUCUGAGCUUGUCACAAUUGAAGAAGUUGCACAAAAGAUUAUAGAUAACGGGCUCUUCUCUGUGUUCUUGGAAAGUCCGAUUUCGGUGUCAAUUCAACAAUCUGGGGCUCGCCCAGAAUUAUCACCAAGAUUGCAUAACAUAUGGUCCAAUGGCAUCAUAUCGAUUAUUCUUCAACUAUUAAGUAAAUUCGGAUCUGGAAUACUUUCGGAAGUGUGUCUAUUUGUUUCAUAUUUCUCCAAACAAAUAGAUCUUGCUGUGGGGGGCUGGUCGUCUGACUCACUGUCCAUAACUCAAGCAUAUAUCCAGGAGACUUCCCAGAUAAUUCUUUUGCAGAAAAUGCUAGAUAAACUUGAAUAUCAGCGUUAUUUGUCUGUUAAUGGUUCCAAAUUGAAGGUCAUUGACGAAGAAGAGAUAAUAGAGUUGUUCCCUGGUUUAGACACUAGCUCUGAGAGAAACGAUUUGGCAAAUGUAUUGAAACAUUUGUUAACUCACCCAAAGUAUAUGAAUUCUCGGAUCAUCGCGACAACCCCAGACAAACAAAAGAUGAUGGAAGAUGAGGUCUAUAGAAAUCAGCUUCUACAUUCUAUCACCAAGCAAAUCUCAGAACUUCAAUCAUCCUUGAUGUCAGAUUUAUAA